GGUUGAAGGUUACUCAUAAAUGGGUUGUUAAGCCUUGCCGGUCUUUAGUUCACGUUCAUUAUUUGAAAUUCAGCGAUUGUCUUUUAUCAAAUCAGUAUUUAUCAUGGAAAUUAAAAAGGUUUUGGUUGCUGAUGCCGUCGAUCCAGCUUGUGUUAAACUUCUUGAGAAGCAUUCCAUUCAAGUUGACUGCAAAUACAAGCUUCCAGUCGACCAACUGAUCGCUGAAAUUAAGAAUUACGACGGUCUUAUCGUAAGGUCGGACACUAAAGUAACCGCUGAUGUAAUCGCCGCUGGAAAAAACCUCAAAGUUAUUGGUCGAGCGGGUGCUGGGGUUGAUAACAUCGACCUUAACGCCGCCACCGCCAAAAACAUUCUCGUUCUCAAUACUCCUGGAGGUAACGCUAUAAGCGCUUGCGAAUUAACAUGCGCUUUAAUUACAAACCUCGCUCGAAAUGUGACCCCAGCUGCCGCCUCCCUGAAAGCGGGACGUUGGGACCGAAAAUUAUACGCCGGUCAUGAACUAAGUGGCAAAGUUUUGGCCAUCUUAGGAUUAGGGAGAAUUGGACGGGAAGUUGCCCUCAGAAUGCAAGCCUGGGGCAUGAAGACAAUUGGUUACGACCCCAUUGUUUCGGUCGAAGAUGCGCGAAAAUUCAACGUGCAGUCAAUGACUCUCGAGGAAAUUUGGCCGCAAGCUGAUUACAUCACAGUGCACACGCCGCUAAUCCCACAGACACGAAAUUUAAUUUGCGAAAAAGUGUUCAAAUCGUGCAAAAAAGGCGUUAGGAUUGUCAACGUUGCCCGAGGUGGUAUUAUACACGAGGCUGAUUUAUUGAAAGCUUUGAAGGAGGGUCAGUGCGGUGGGGCCGCUUUGGAUGUUUUCGAACAGGAGCCCCCGACCGAUCCCGUCACUUUGGAGCUCAUCCAGCAUCCCAAAGUUGUGGCGACACCCCAUCUGGGGGCUAGCACUGCCGAGGCCCAAGUCCGUGUGGCUGUAGAGAUUGCGGAACAAUUUGUCGCACUUACAGGGAAAAGCAAGGAAUAUACAACAACACCAGGGGUUGUGAAUCACAGCGUGUUAAAAAAUGUUAAAUAAUUGUUUAAUAAAGACAAUUUCUACAA